AUGACUCGUCGCUAUCGACUGAUAGCCAACGAAAACCCGUGGACCCUGUUUUAUUCAGACUACCACAUACAGCUAGUCAUAAACCGCAUCCACAUCGUCGAUAAAAUAGCGCUUGCUUCCGAGGGCCCCGACGCAGGGAAGGUUCUUGUGGUGUUUGUUGACGAGUGCGGACGGGCAAUCCGCUACUCUCGCCUAGAGCUGAAGGAUGCAGCGGAUAUUGCAUAUCUCUCGAAUUUCAUGCUCAAGGAAUAUGGGUGUUGGGCCAAUGCACAGAUUGGCCAAUCCUAUGAAUGGGGGGCGCCCUUGGGACCCCCCUAUUGCGAGAAUGGUGUGAGGUGA